AUGCAAGAUAUUACAAAUAAUGAUAAUAAUAAUUCACAAGAUUCUGAUACUUCAGCUUUUACAAUUAAUGCAUUAUCAUCAAAAAGUAUUCAGUUUUCUCAUUUUAUUAGAAAACAAGACAUUAGUCAAAACACUUUAACUCU